AUGCCUCGAGCGAGAGUCAUCAGCCUGUCUCAAAUUCAAGAUGAGGAGGUCCCCAAUAUCGAGUCCCAUCACGACUACAUUAACCGAGUAUUGAAAUGGAGCAUUGCCGACCUUGAUCGCUUCAUUGGACUACUACGUGCACGUGUCGCAGCUGAAGAAGUCUAUGUGCAGUCGCUUGCAAAGAUCACUAGCAAGGCACACCAAGCACCGGAAGCAGACCCACACCAACAUGUCGCCCAUACGGACACCACGUAUCAUCGAGCAACAAUGCAAUAUGAACGAUCCCUCGACCAGCUGGUUGUUGUGAGGCGAAAGAUGAUCCAAUCCAUUCAACAACAAAUCGACAUGUUGGUUGAAGUCAAGGAAAAGCAAGAAAACCGGAGGAAAAAAGUUAAGACCAUACUAGGAGAAGCCAACAGCGCCUACAUUGGUUAUAGGACACGCGACAUUGUCAAGCUUCAUAAAUCAUACGUCGGUCGAUGCAUGGAUCUACAAAAUGCCCAACAUCAGCUUCAACAACAAAUCCAACAGCAGCAACAACAACAACAGCCGCAUCAAAACUUAUCACCCAAUUCGAGUGAGAUUGAUUUACGCGAUAAUGAUUCACAACAUCAACAACGUCUUUCAUCUGAUGAACCUCGACCACGUUUAUCCACCGACAAUGAUUCGAUUUCAUCACUGAAUGAUACCCCUGUGAAGAAAGGAAUGGCAAGCUUCAUGGCUCAAGUACGCACUCAAUUCGCCAACGCUGCUGCCGCUUCAGCUGUUCAAGAAGUCACGAGACAAAAUGCAAAAUGUGCAAGAAUCACUUCUGAAAUCGCUACUGCAGAUAUGGAAUACAGAGAUGGUAUUCGCACGUUGGAGAUGCUGCGGCGGAAGCAAGUGGAUAAAGCAUCGACAUCCGUAAAGCAAGUGGAAACGGUUUUCAAGGACAAGUUUGAAGCAACCAAGGCUGCAUUGGGUGAUUUGGUGUUCAAGGAGAAGAAUAUGAUCUCUGAAGAAUCAAUGAUCCUCGAAUACCUUUCUCAAUCGGUGAAUGAGAUCGACAGCAACCGAGAUCUUUUCUUAUUCAACAAGGAGUACCAAAAGAGGGGAUUUGUUAACCCAUCACCUAUAUAUUACACCAACUACUACCAUGGAGAGGCAAAAGAUCUGAUCUUUGGUACUUCUUUGGAUGACUAUGCCGCUGAGCAUAACCGUACGGUGCCUUUGAUUGUGCUCAAGUGUAUUGAAGCUGUGGAACGCAUGGGAGGAUUACACAAGGAAGGCAUCUACCGUGUAUCUGGGCGACAGAGUAAUGUGGAUAGCCUCAAGAGCGCAUUUGAGCAAAACGAGCAAGCCAUGGAUUUGCACCAAAGCAAAUACGAUGUCACCACCAUUGCAGCCAUUCUAAAGGUUUAUCUUCGGGAGCUCAAGCACCCCCUCUUCGGCCUCAGCGUACAAAGUCGUAUGGAGUAUGCAACCCUUGACAGGCAGAUACGGCUUACUCGAUUGCAAAGCAAGAUUUCUUCGUUACCAAAGAUACAUCGCGACACGCUUCACACUGUUAUGCGUCAUUUAGCCAAUGUGAACAAACACAGCAAUGUCAACAAGAUGAAUAUCCAAAACUUGUCGGUUGUUUUCACACCAGCCAUCUUCCACGACCACAACAAUAGCGGUGUGCCUGGUGAAUGGCAUACGGAUUGUGUCUUUGAAGACAUGCUUCUUUAUCACGAGCCUCUUUUCCACAAUGCCGAGAUUGAAAGCCAAAACAACAACGCUGCCAGUAUCACAGCUAAUCGAGUUGUCCAAUCACCCUCAGCACAAGCGGCUCAAACACCAGGAGGAGGAAACAAAAACAUGCUACUUACAGCGCCAUUGUAUCCAGCCAAUCUUACCGGCCAAAGUGAUUAUCGACCCACAGGACAACAUGAUCCUCAUCAUCACGUACCUCCUCCACGUGUACAAGAAGUACCACAGCAGCAGCGAUCCACAUCAUUGGGUGUUAGUCCAAUGCCUGCUAAUCAACCCAAAUACGCCAAUCAACAACAACAUCAGCAGCAGCAGCAACAGCAACAGCAUCAUCAUGCGCCACCGCCACAUUAUCAGCCUCAGCUGCAAAUGCAAUCACAACAACCCCCUUAUCAUCAACAAGCUCAAUCGCAGUAUCAAAAUACACCACCACAGCCUCCACAGAUACCGCAAAUCCAAACACCACAAUCACUUGGUACUCCUCAACAACAGCCAACUCAUCCUUCUCCACAGCCAUCAUCGACAACAAUUACACAAUCACAGGCUACAACAACAUCGUCGACGUCGUCAAAUAAACCACCUCAGCUGCCUCAAAUCCAAACCGAUAUAUACCGAGAACCAUCACCUGCUACACCCACCGUUGAUAAAAGCAAGAAUGAAUCCUUGGCAGUAGCAUCAUCAACAUCAUCAACAUCAACAUCUCAUCAACAACAGCAGCAGCAACAGCCCACAUCUACCAAGCCGACUCGAUCCUCCUCUUAUCAAUCACCCACUUCACCUGACGACGAUCGAUCUGAUGCUGCAACAUGGAUAGGUAUGGCUGCCAUGUCAGGAGCCUUGGAACAACGGCAUGAAUCGAAUGCAGCUACAAGUGGUGGUGGAUCACAAAAUACAUCAUCAUCAUCUCAACCUGAAAAACCACCUGUGAUUACAACAACUACUAUUGGAUCCCAUGAAGGAGGUGCUGUAGCUACAAGUUCACCUGUUUCACCUAUUGACAGUGGCAGUAAUAAGACUUCACCUGCUAUUACCAAAGGAACAACUACAACAGGAGGUGGUAAUGGUGGUGGAAAUGGAGCAACAGGAGGUGUGGUUCCUCCUCGACAGGAUUCUUUGCGAUUGCAGGUUGCCCAGCAACAGCUUCCUCAGCAACAACAGCAACAGCAACAGCAACAGCAACAGCAACAAUCACAGCCUCCUCCUAUUGUCACUUCUUCUCCUCUCCCUACAACAUCAAACAACAACAACAACAAUAAGCAACGAUCACGACCUUCACCCACAGGUCCUCAAACACCCACUAUUGCUAUGAGCGUCUCUGUUGCUGAACACGUUCCUUCAUCUGCCGUUAUUAUCGAAAACCCUGUGGCUUCUUCUGGUGCUGCUGAUACUACUCCAUCCAAUGACCAAGGUGUGGUGUCUGAUCAAAACACUACUACAACGACGAGCACUUUGGCCAACAGCCUCAGUUUUGGAAAAUAG